AUGAAGACCGAAGAAGCAGAUGUUGUCAAUAGCCAUCCUAUUAAAGACGGGCUGGUUGCCUUUUGUCACCAAUUUAAAUCAUCUCGAGCGCGUCUGGAUGUGAUUGAAUCAUCCACUGCUAUCGAGGAGGUUCUCUCCGCAGAAUUUGGCUCAGAUUUGCUCUUAACUCUUAUUCUUACACUGCAGACUCUUCCGGUUGCUCGCAUCCUUCACUCGCAAAUUAACCUUAACACUCCUCUCAUUUUAGAUCUACUUAACCUUGCAUCUCAAGUUGUUUUGAGCGGCUUUGAUACCAAGUUAGCAAUCCCCUUGAUUGAACUCGUCAUAAAAAAUGCUCCAGAUAUAGAGAUAUGGAAUGCUGUGUUCGAGCUUGUUUCGCAGACAAGACCGAAAGCAACCACACCUCCGAUUGCCCUUGAGAAUGCUUUCCUCGACACCCCAUUUCGACCCAGCUCGGCUUCGCAGAGUGGAAUCAAGCAGACACGUCAUGAGGUCGAUCAGCGAAUUCUCGAGGAACUCACUCGACGCGUUUAUGACGAUGUCAAAGGAUUCUUUGAGCGAUACUUCGAGGGGAAGACGUGGACGAACAAGGCAGGGGAGAUCUACAACGAGUCGAUUUCACAAUACAUCGACGGUCGAUGGAAAGGUUGGCCAGAGCCUCCAUUAGAGAAGACUUUUUAUAAGUGGUUUAUAAACUUUCAGACCGAUGUGCUCGGUGGACUUAGUCGCAAAUACUACACAUCAGCGAACCAAACGCUGAAGGGCUCCGAGGCCGAUCGGAAGCUUGACAUAUUCCUCGCAUCCGCCGAUGCCAGCUUCCAAGCUAGUGCAUACGACUACGAUGAUCGAGUGACCGACACAUUGGUGCAGUUGACGGGAUACGCGCGUGAGGUGUUUGGAAGUCAGCCUGAGCGGCGGUUUGUGCCUGGGUUUACGAUAUGCGGAAGCUUGAUGCGCCUCUGGCUGUUCGAUCGAUCUGGCCCGUAUAGUUCUGAAAGGUUCGAUAUCCACAAAGAGCCGGAGCGAUUUGUCAGGGUUAUCGCUGGCUAUGCGCUUAUGACAGACGCAGAACUGGGUUUAAACACGUUCAUUAAGCGCGAUGGGAAUAGUAGGUACAUUGUUGCGCGAGAUAUAAGGAUUUAUUUGGAAGACCAGCCGAUCACCUCGCAGAAAGCAGUGGUCUGCAGGGGAACAGCAUGCUAUCGAGGAAGAAGCAGCGAUGUGACGGACUGGCAGUAUGUUGUGAAGUUCGCUUGGCCAUCUGACAAGCGGCAACGAGAAGGACGGCUCUUGAAGUUAGCUACAGAGAGAGGCGUUACAGGUAUCGCUCAAUGGUUUCAUCAUGAGCCAGUUUUUGUUGAUGGAGUUGCGGACACGAUCGCCAAUUUGCGAAGUGGUAUGAAAUUUGGCCAACCGCGGAAGAUCUCCGCUAAAGCCUCCUGGGUUAACAGUGGUACGGAGUCUAGCCAAGCAGAUUCGAAGACGAGAAGCAAUCCCCGGGGAAGAUCUAAGAGUAGUGUGAGACGCCUAGCCAGCCUCGCGAUGAACACAAGCAGCUCGGUUUCUUCUAGGCAGAAAAGAAAGCAGGAUGAGCACCUCGCAGUUGAGAUCAGUCCAACCAAGAGAUCGAGAUCCAACGAUAGCCAAUCCGUUCCUCGACAGGUGGAGCAAGAUGCGAAGGAGGGUGACUCACAGCAGCCCGACAGCCCCAGUAUUCAAGAACCUGAUGUGGACAGCCUGACAGGCGAGGACAGUGAGGCAUACGACAAUCGCGUGCACUGUUGUUUAGUGGUUAAACCCGCUGGACGACCGCUUCAUACAUAUAGAUCUGUUAAGGAGCUUCUAGCAACAUUCCGCGAUGCUAUCAAGGGACACAGGUCACUUCUUGUAGAUGGUAGGAUACUCCAUCGGGACGUUUCCGAAAACAAUAUCAUAAUUACCGAGCCUGCUACUGAAUGCGACCCGAGGGGAAGGCUGAUCGAUCUCGAUUUGGCAAAGGAGCUGGACGCUGUACCGAGUCGAGCUAGUCAUCGGACUGGUACCAUGCGAUUUAUGGCAAUUGAGGUGCUCGAGGGCAAAGGCCAUACUUACCGACAUGAUCUUGAGUCAUUCUUCUACGUAUUCAUAUGGAUGUGCAUUCGUUAUGGUUACGAAGGCAUAGGUGAGUCGAGGCUUAGCAAGCGGGUGAGACCAAUGAAGACUAGCAGGCUCCACGGAUGGUAUUUCGGAACCUACGCUGAAAUAGCACGGAACAAGCUUGGGGAUAUGGUGGGAUUUGACCACGUUACCGCAGAAUUUGCGCCUCAGUUCAUCCCUUUGAAAGGGCUGGCGGAGGAGCUGAGGGAUGUCUUAUUUGGUCGUCGAGAUAUGGCGCCUUUUACGGGAACUUACAAAGAUCACAGUAUUAUGUACAGUGGCAUGAUUAAUGCGUUUAACAAAGUGAUCAGCGGUUUAAGGAAAGAAUACUAA